AUGCCAUUCGUGGAAAACAUGAUGUUCUGUCAUGCAAUUAUAAAUGGACCUGAGGGCACUGUUUGGGAAAGUGGAACCUUUCAUUUAAUAAUUCACUUUACGGAGGAAUAUCCAACUAAAUCUCCAGAAGUGAGAUUUUUAAGUCGUAUAUACCACCCUAAUAUUUAUCCAGAUGGUCGUAUAUGCUUAGAUAUAUUGCAAAAUCAGUGGAGUGCAUUAUUUGAUAUAUCUUCAAUUCUAACCUCUAUUCAGUCACUUCUUAAUGAUCCCAAUCCAAACUCACCAGCAAAUAUAGAAGCUUCUGAAACCUUCCUUAAAAACCCAAAUUAUUAUAAUAGUAUUGUACUUAAAUGUGUAGAAGAUAGUUGGUGUUGUCCUGAUUACACUUUACCAAAAGAUGUAUAA